AUGUCUCAAUCUUUGGUAACAGGCUCCAAAGUCCUACGGGCCGACUUUGACUCCAACAAGGCUCUGCCCAUGACCCCGGAGGAAGUCACUUCGGAAUGGCUGUCGGAAGCACUCGGAAUCGAGGUCAAAGCUUCCGAAAUCACUUCUAUGAUACACGGUACAGCUUCCAAGCUCUUUGUACACCUCACAUUCGGUGAUGGUGUCAAGACUGACAUCCCCAACAAUGUUGUUGUCAAAGGUGGUUUCAACCCAGCAAUCCGUGUGGCGUACCCCGAGAUGUGGGCUACAUACCGUCGCGAGGCCGAGUUUUACCAACACGUUGCGCCUCAGACAAAGAUGCUGCUGCCCAGCAUCUGGUUCGCUGGUACAGAUGUUGUCAACGGUCAGGGCAUCGUCAUUAUGUCCGACAUAUCAAAGGAAGCUACGUUUGGUACUAUGCUGGAGCCAUGGAACCACAAGAUGGUUGGUGAAGCGUUGAAGCAACUCGCCAGUCUGCAUGCCAGUUCGUGGAAUUCAAAGGAGGAAGCUUACCCAUGGCUGUUUGGAAAAGACGGCGCCAAGCUGGAGAACCCUGUCAGGAACAUUGUCUUGGCUCUUCUGGAACCUGCGCCGUGGGGAGCUCGUUUUGACGAAAAGGUUCGUCCCCCUGUGGCGAAGGAGUUACUGGAUCCGGAUCGUGUGCGAAAGGCGUUCCAGUCUUUGUGGAAAUUUGCCGAUGCGGAUCAGAAAUACUACUCUCUGAUCCAUGGAGACGAUCACAUCGGCAACACUCUGAUUACUAGGGAUGGCACUCCUGGCUUUAUCGACUGGCAGGGUUUGCAGUAUGGUCCUUCGAUUCUUGACGUGACAUACUUUCUCACCGGUGCCAUGACGGUAGAGGAUCGUCGGCAGCAUGAGAAGGAGCUGAUUGAGGUUUACCUUGAGGCUUUACACAAAGAGGGAGGACCUAAGUUGUCGAGAGAGGAUAUCUGGGGAGAUUAUCAGAGAUAUACUCUACAGGGAUUCCUUUGGGCCAUGACACCUCAGGCUAUGCAGCCUGAUGAGGCGGUUUUUGCCAUGGGGGAGAGAUAUUCUGCUGCUAUUAUGGAUUACAAUACUCUUGAGUUGUUGGGAGUUUAG